AUGUUCCCUGAUCCAUCGGACUCCAUCAGCAAAAAGAAGAACCACCCGAUCGAUGCCAUCGUCGUGUGUCAAGCUAUAGCAACCGAGCAUCGUCGCAAUGAUCUUGGAGCUCGGUGCGGAUUGCGGCUUCCACCUGGGAAUAUGAUGAAUCAUCGGACACCACUAAACGUUCCCGCUUUGUUCCCAGGCUCUGUCUUUGGCUUUGGUGCUGUCCGCCAUCGCCGCCGCCGCCCCUACGACGGACACACGCCCAUUACACGCCACAGCCACUCGGCCGAUCCAUUGAUGGAUUGGGAAUGA